CCGCGCCUCCCGCAGCCAACAUGGCGGCUCUACGUGUGUCCUGCGGCGCAGCUGCUUCAUACGGGCUCUUUCUUGGGGGUAGGGUUACCUUUGCUCGGGGACAGGGCCUCUGGAAAGCCGCGGCUGCUAAACUGCAGAGAAGUCCCGGAUGCCAGAUAUUAAGGUUAAGACACACCACAGUUGUAACAACAAGGAAAAAUGUUGCAGUCUUAAGACGUGAAACUUACACAGUGGAUUUUAUUAAAAAGCAGAUUGAAGAAUUCAACAUAGGAAAGAGACACUUAGCCAACAUGAUGGGAGAAGAUCCAGAAACUUUUACCCAAGAGGAUAUUGAUAGAGCGAUUGCUUACCUUUUUCCCAGUGGUUUGUUUGAGAAGCGAGCCCGGCCAGUAAUGAAGCAUCCUGAAGAGAUUUUUCCUAAACAAAGAGCAAUCCAGUGGGGAGAAGAUGGCCGCCCAUUUCAUUUUCUCUUUUAUACUGGCAAACAGUCAUAUUAUUCAUUAAUGCAUGAAGCAUACGGAAAGCUACUAGAUGUAGAAAACCGUCAAGACCAGCUGCGAGCCAAAGGUCUGUUUUCAGAAAAAACUAAAGCCAAAGACCCGAUUGGCAGCAGAUGGCUGAUUAAGGAGGAACUGGAAGAAAUGCUAGUGGAAAAACUGUCAGAUCAAGAUUACGCACAGUUCAUUCGGCUGCUGGAAAGGUUAUCGGCGUUGCCGUGUGACGCGGCUGAAGAAGAAUUUGUGGGCAGGUUCCGCAGGAGUGUAACCAUUCAAUCGAAAAAACAGCUGAUUGAGCCUUUGCAGUAUGACGAGAAGGGUAUGGCCUUCAGCACAGGCCAAGGUAACAGAAAGACUGCAAAGGCAAAAGUGACUGUUUAUGACCACGGAAGUGGGAGGAUAGAAGUAAAUGGGGUCGACUACCUGCUCUACUUUCCGGUGACUCAGGACAGAGAACAGCUGAUGUUCCCUUUCCACUUCCUCGACCGGCUUGGAGAACACGACGUGACCUGCACGGUGUCGGGGGGCGGGCGGGCGGCGCAGGCGGGGGCCAUCCGCUUGGCGACGGCGAGAGCCUUGUGCAGCUUUGUCACCGAGGACGAGGUCGAGUGGAUGCGCCAAGCGGGACUGCUUACUGCCGAUCCCCGUGUCAGAGAGCGGAAGAAGCCGGGCCAGGAGGGAGCCCGCAGGAAGUUCACCUGGAAGAAGCGCUGAGUGUCUGGGCAGGAAAGGAGGGGGCGCUGUGCACCUGGCACGCGGCGGACGCGCAGGAGGCAGGCGCCGGCUGGGUGAAGCAGCACCGUCACACGUUGGAGUUGGGAGCUGAUUUAUGCUAAAUGCAAUGUCGUAAAGGUUACCUUCUCAAAAUCAUUAUUUAAAACUGUUUAGCUUUGUUCUGCUGCUUUACUUUUAAAACUUUUUCAGAAGAGAGCUUUAGAAGCAUAACUCAGAAUCUUGGCACAUUCGACCUGAAAGGAGCAUUCAGCAAAAUCCAAUCAAGAGACCGCCUUUUGCGGACGGAAAGGCCCAGCCCCACACAUCUGACCCAGCAGAGCCGCACUGCUAACUUAAUGACAGGACGGACUUGGACUCACUCGUUUUCCCAGAGAGCAGUUGUUACAACAUAUCUUUCAAAACUGAGGGAUGAGAGUCCUUGUUGAGAAGAGUGAAGCCCAUGGAGCGUCUUUGCCAGGAGCCCAGCUGAGCCUCUGCGGAGGACAACAGGCCAGUCCCCCCCUCCAAGCCCCCGGCAACCACCAUUCCACUCUCUGUUUCUGAGUGUGACUUUUUUUUUUUUUUUUUUAAAGAUUCUACGUAUAAGUGAUACCACGCCUGAGUUUGCCUUUCUCUUUCUGGCUUAUUUCACUUAGCAUAGUACCUUCCAAGCUGGGUACAGACUUGCGGUUACAGUAUGAAUUAGUUCUGAGGAUCUGGCUUUAGUGUGUCUGUGAAACCUUGAAGCAGUUCCAGGGUUCUAUACAUGCGUCACUUUUCCUGGGCUGCGUAGUUCCAUUGCUCUCACAAGAUGCCCAGAGGGGUCCCUCCCUAUGAUACUGAGAACCACGGGCAUGAGGAGGGUUUGGGGGGGGGGUUAAGGACAAUAAGUCCACCCUUUGUGUGCAGCCCUAGAUCCAGCAGGUGAAGCAGACACCAUGGUGAGAUCUUGGGCCUGACCUGGUGGGAGCAGGGGUCAAGGGUAUUGGUCAUAAUCUUUGUCUGGCUAGGAGGAGGGUUACAUGAGUGUCCACUUUACUGUACCUUUCAAAUGUGAUACGUGUGAUUUUUAUUAUGAACCAUUUUACGAUAAAAGUGAAUGAAAGAC